CUUCAUGAAUUGCAACUCUUCUCUCUCCCCCAUCCCCGAAACUUUUGCAAUCAUUCUUCAACUUUUUCUCCUUCAAUUCUGCAGAUCAAAUAAACCCAAAUUGAUAACAGAAGUACUAAAUUAGUACAAAAGUUGAUAACUUUAAGCUUUACCAAUAAUGGCCGGAGUUUCAGUAGCGGCAGAGUGGCAGCUGCUGUACAACCGGUACUACCGGAAGCCGGAACUGUACCAGAUGCAGUGGAAGCACGUUGACCUCACAAAGAGCAAGGUAGCCUGUGCACCUUUCGGAGGUCCCAUCGCCACCAUCCGCGACGACGCGAAGAUCGUCCAGCUCUUCGCCGAGUCGGCCCUUCGCAAGCUCCGCAUCUUCACCUCCUCCGGCCGAUUGAUUUCCGAGACCGUCUGGAAGAAUCCCGGUGGUCGCCUCAUCGGUAUGUCAUGGACCGAUGAUCAAAUUCUAAUCUGCAUCACCCAAGACGGCACUGUUUAUUUUUAUAAUAUCCAUGCCGAAUUAAUCAAUAAUUUUUCUUUGGGCAAAGAGUGUUUCGAAAGUAGCGUUGUCGAGUGUGUGUUCUGGGGAAACGGUGUCGUUUGUAUCAAUGAGGCGUUUGGGAUUUUUGCGGUGCCGGAUUUGAAGAAUCCCAGGGCCGUUAAAAUGGCGGACUGUAAUUUGGAGGAUUUGCCUCAUUGUAUAGCUGUGAUUGAGCCGCAGUACACUAUGUCUGGGAAUGUGGAGGUUUUGUUGGGGAUCGGGGAUCAUGUCUUGUUGGUAGAAGAGGAUGGGGUGCAGCAGCUUGGUGUAGGUAUAGGGCCUUUGCAGAAGAUGAUGGUUUCGAGGACUGGGAAGCUUCUGGCAUCGUUCACACAUGACGGGAGGCUUCUGGUUAUGUCAACGGAUUUUUCAAAUAUUAUCUUUGAGUACACUUGUGAGUCAGCUCUUCCACCUGAACAGCUGGCUUGGUGUGGAAUGGACAGUGUCUUACUAUACUGGGAUGAUAUGCUAUUGAUGGUAGGUCCUUAUGGUGAUCCUGUGCGCUACAUAUACGAUGAGCCCAUAAUCCUUAUCCCUGAGUGUGAUGGAGUAAGGAUACUUUCUAACACAAGCAUGGAAUUUCUACAUCGAGUUCCAGACUCCACAGUAUCUAUCUUUCAGAUUGGGAGCACCCUUCCUGCUGCUUUGUUAUAUGAUGCCCUGGAUCACUUUGACCGGCGGAGUGCCAAGGCGCUGUCAUCUGUAGGUUACCGGCCAUUUGUGGAGGCAUGUGUUGAUGCAGAUGAGAAAGGUGAAGCUCUUAAAUAUAUACCAAAACUUGCUGAUCCCAGAGAGAGAGCCGAGGCAUAUGCUAGAAUUGGAAUGGCCAAAGAAGCUGCAGAUGCUGCAUCUCAAGCGAAGGAUGGUGAACUGCUUGGGCGACUGAAAUUAACUUUUGCACAAAAUGCAGCAGCUUCGUCAAUUUUUGAUACAAUAAGAGACCGAUUGUCCUUUCAAGGCGUCUCUUAGUUCUUGCUGUCGUUAUAUUUACAUUUUUCGCUGUUGAGUAAGUUUGUCAUUUGCCCGUGGACUAAACGUUGCUUGAAGCUGUGAAGCUGCUGUUCGAUUUUGCCUAGGCCAUGCGACUUUUUUCGCAUUGAAACCCUGUCUUGCAACACGUGUAGUCCCUUGUGUACUCACUUUUAGUUUCUUCUAUGUAUAUUUGAAUAUUUAUGUUCCUUAUACAGUAUUUUUCUUAUUCUAAUUAUUACUGCUUGUUACUUUGCUAUGUAAUUUUCGUUUAGACUGUUACGAUUCACACUGUGUUGUGCAAUUGAUAGUGACCUUUUGAUUUGUUAUAAAGAUGAGUGCUUUGUUUUAAAUA